CUCACUAUACUUGAACUCACACGCACAAAAAAUUUCCUGAUUCUACUCCUACUAACUCUAUAAAAUUUGGUUUCGUAUUCAACUCGAUAAAAAUUACUGAUAACUGAAAACUUAACAAUUUGUCCCUCAGAAUGGGAAAUGAGCCCAUUCAGAGGACUGAGGCUCGCACACCGUUACAUGAUGUUUUUACGACUGAUCACAGUCGUAAUCAGUCGUUCGAGGCGAGCGGACGUCGUUAUCACAGCAGAACUCAGAUAACAAAAUUUUCUUGUUUCAUCAUCCUAACCUUCAAGUUUAAAACUUUCAUCUAAAUUAUUAUUCAUUAAUUGUGAUGGCGCAGUGUUAUUAUUGCAACAGUUCUCUGCCAGCAUCAGGUGACGUCGUUACUUGUUUUGGGUGUAAUAAUAAAUUUCAUUUUGGAUGCAGUCUCAAAGAAUCUACAUAUUAUCGUCGUAUGUCGGAGGACGAGCGAAAGAAAUGGCGUUGUUUCCAUGUGCGCAAAAACUCGAAAGGGGCAACAGGGAUCGCAUCUCCAGGCUCAAAACCGUAAUCGCCAUGAGAGACAGGGCUGAGUUGUCAUUCUACCCUCUCCUUCUCUUCAUCCUCUUCACGUACAACGGAGUAUCAGGAUCUAUUACUUCCAAUGAUGUCAGUUUGACUGAUUUAAGAAGUAAACUUGAUGACAUGCUGAUAAACGCAUUGAAGACACAUACCUAUGUUCCUAACUCUGGCAUCGGAAACCGAGAAGAACUGACACUGAAUGAUGUUGUAAGAGACGUUGAUACGUUUGGGGAUUUUCCAAGUGUACGGAAAUGGUAUUCUCUUUCAACGCUGGAUACUGUGCACCUGAUUGGUUUGACCGAGGAGCCUGGACUAGUAGCAAUAACUCUCAAACAGAACAAAACAAAGAAUAAAAAUGACAAUUCGCAGGUUGUCUCGGUUUCCAACUCGUCUAUAACUUUAUCAUUUAAAGCAUCUAAUGCUGAUAUUUUCCAAUGGUGGAAUUCGACUUCAAGAGAAAUGGAAACUAUUUGUGUGGUGGCAAUAGAUAGCCCUGAGAAAGAUUUGAAGUGGUACAGAUUUGUAGGGAAAAAUCUAGUAGAAUUCUGGUCCUGGCCCAUCCACAAGGUGGUAAAUAAUUUGCAAGUUUUCGCAGACGAACGUUAUGUGAAACUUUUAUUAGUGAAUGAGGCACCUUCCAAUACAAUUGUCAUGUAUGACAUUAAUCUUGAAUUCAAACCAGAUUUCAGUUUGUCUCAGAUCAUUCAUUUUGAAAGUGGCAUCCAGCCAGUAGCUAUCAGCUUUGUGGGAGAGUCCAUCUUCAUGUCAGUGCCUCAAUCCAAAAUCGAUGUGAUUUCGGUGUUCAAGUUGGACACACCUACAAUGCUGCACAGCCAGUUCCAUCCUCAUGCUAAUUUGACAGCUAAAGGAGUGCGCGAUGUCACCGCCUUCAACACCGCAUAUCAGAGCUACUUGGCUGUGGCUGGUGAUGCAGCAACCAUUUAUCGUUUCAAAUUCAAUGGUGAAAUAGUCAAGGAUUUGAAGAAGAAUCUAGGGCCAGUUGUAAAGUGGGCUUCUAUAAAACUGGCAACCUACAGAGAUGACAUCCUUCUGAUGGCUCGUAAAAACGAUGAGAGUGAUAUUCACUUUCUUGGUUGGCGCGGCUCUGAAAAAGGAUUUUCCGAACUCAAAGGUUCGGAUUCUUUUUGCUCAGGGAGCCAAACAAAAGCAUGGCAAGAAAUGUGCAGCAUUAGCAAGUUGGGCUGGGCAGGCUCCAUCACCUUUCUGCUUGGAGGAUUAGACUCAGCUGUUGCGUUCCUUUUGAUUCCAAACAUUGAUGAUGGCUCCAGUCUGUUCCGUCUCACAACAUCAUUCAAUCCUCUGAAGAGCCCUAUUAUUUGGCAAUUGGAAAUUAUCAAGCAGCGAAAAACUUUUAUCCAGGAUCACUUGGAAGAACAGAAAAACAAAAUCGUCACCCUUGAAAAGAAAUUAAUGAACACAUUGAGAGCAAAUACUACCAAUGUUGUGACUGGCUCAUGGGAAAUCAAUCGAGUCUCAACUCCUUGCCUGGACAAAGGUGCAAACAUCUCGGUUCGUAAUGAUGGAACACUUCCUGAUCAUAAUCCAAAGGAAAGCGAAGUAAUCUCGCUCGGAAAACUCAAGCAAAUAGUUGAUAACUAUGAGAAAGCUAGUCAACUUGUAAUGGAUGAGCAACUUUUGAAGGAUGUCAUACUCAAGUCCGGAAAAGUUACAAAUAGGGUUUCUGCAAAAAAUUAUACCAUUAUUGAAUCAGCCAAUGUAGAAGACUCUUUGAAUGGAAUGUCGAUUGCUGGAAUUUUGAACGGGACGUACAGGAUGGAUCGACCAAGAAAAGUGAUGGGAGUAAAAUCUGUCAAGAAUCUACUGGUUGAUAAUUUAGCUACGCCAAAAAUCUCCGGUAUAAGCUUUGAUGAUAUUAUAUUUGCUGGAGAUGUUGUUGAUAUUGACAAUAGCAUCACAUUUUCCAAUGAUGUGGAUGUUGAUAAUGUUAUCCUACCAGAGAAUGGAAUGGUUAAUGGUAUUGACCUCUCAGGAGAUCUGCUUAAACUGGAUGGACACCAUAAAGGAACACUGCACUUUGAAGACCUUCACACUGAAAUAUUUAUUGAUAAAUCAAUCUCAGAAAAUGCUUAUGACAAUAAUCUAAAGGAAACCUCGAAAUCAGAUGCGAAUUCAUGGGAAAAGGUUAUAUCUGGUCAGAAUCUUACUGUGAAUCGAUUGAACGGACGAUCAUGGAGCAAAAUAAUAGAUUCAGCCAUUUGGACAAACAGAAACCUAAUCAUAACAGGAGCUAUAACAGUGAAAGGGAGAGUCACAGCCAGAAGGAGUUUGCAUGUUGGAAAAGAUGAAACUGCAGUGAAUAAAUCUAAACUUUUUGAUAAAAAACAUGAUAAUGCUAAUGAUGCCUACAAAUCUGGAAAGUAUGAGAAUGGUACUGCAGAUGAUAUCAAUAAGAAUACAAGUAAAAGUGCACGCUGCAUAAAUAGAAAGAAUCUGCUCAUGCAGAAACUCAAGGCUAUGAAAGUUUUGAAAGGAGACGUUAUUCUCAGAGGCAAUCUAUUUGUUGAUGGCAUGCUACAAACGACGAAGAAAAAUUCCCAAGAGUGGUCUGAUCAAUUAAAGAACAUCAUUUUAAAGACAGAUUCAAAACCAGUAAUAAAUGAGAGUAAACAUUUUCAACAGUUGACUGUCAAAGGCAACUUUAACACAAAGAAAGAUAUCAACGGCUAUAAGUUGUAUAGUUUCAUGACCAAAGACAGCGAACAAGAGAUUCCAGGUUCAAAAACAUUCAAAGAGUAUGUUGUAUUCGAGAAUAUCAGUCUGAAUGGAACUUGGGAUGGUGUCAAUAUUACUGAACUUUACAGAACCUCAAUAAGUCUCUCAAACAAUCAGAGUCUUCCUGAUUUGCAUCUGAUUGUGGAAGAAGGAGCAUCUGAAGAUGGUGGCCGAAGUAAAAUUUCUACCUCAUCUCUAACAGUAACAUCUGAACACAGGAAGCCCAGAAUGGGAGCCAGUGCUCGAAGUGAUAUUGAUGAGUCAGAAAACAAUGUUCCUGGAUUUGAUGUGGAGAAGAUCAGCUUUAAAGAAAUUGAAGUCAUGGGAUCCUUGUUUGUUGAGAAAAGGAUUGCCGGCUCCAACUUUGAAGACUUCUUGAAGAAAAGAGUAAGCCUACGUGAGAAGGAUAAUAUUAUCACAGGAAAAUACUCUUUCAGAAGAAUUGAUGCCGAUCAUCUGGCUGGAAACUCAAUUAAUCGGCAAUCAAUAUCUAAGUUGAAGAAAGGACCAGUCAAUGACAAAACUUCUGCUGGAAACGAUUCAAUGGACGUGCUAGAUAUUGAAGAGUUGCAUGUCUAUAGAAAUUUCAAAACUCAAAAUGGUGUCUCAGGAUUCAAUAUCUCCAAAAUAUCCGAUUCUGCAUUCUUUCUCAACAACAGAAGUUGCGCAUUUAAUGGCACAUUGCAAUUUGAAGAGGAAGUAACGUUUCAAGAAUUGAAUGUUGGAGGUUUAGUUUCUGGAAUCAACUUUACUGAGUUUUUAGACGAUACAGUCAGGUCAACCGAAAACAGCACAACAAUUACAGGGAAAAAAGUGUUUGAGAGAGGUUUGAAUAUUGAGGGUGACUUGGAUUUGACUCUUUUGAAUGAUUUGAAGGUGGAAGAUAUAUUAACGAGGAAUUCCAAUCAGACUUUGAAAAUGAAACUGGUUACUAGAAACAUCAAGUUCUCUGAUAAAACAGACCCUAAACAUCUGAAAAUCGAUGGGUCAUUGAAUGGAAUGAAUUUCAAUGAAUUGAAUAAAAAUUGGAAGUACUCGGAUAAUGGAGUUCCACUGUGGUACGGUAAUUUGAGUCUUGGGAAUUAUAUCAUUAUUGAUAACAUUACUGUUGAAGGAUAUAUUCUUGGAACUGAUAUUAUGAAGUUUGUUGAAAAUGCUUACAAGAAAAACCAAGACUUUAAUUCUUUGUCAUCUGUAGUUUUUGAAAAUGACUUAUCUGUGCUUGGUGACCUAAUUAUCUUUGGGAGUUACAAUGACGUGGAUGUUGAAGAGUAUAUGAAAAACGUGGUAUUCACAACAGAAGUGGUUGAUGUGAAGAGCAAUGUUACUUUCACUGGUAAGGUCAUUGUAAGUAAGGAUUUACGUGUUUAUGAGAAUUUAGAAGCAUCAACUCUCUAUGGCUGUGAUGUCGAGGAAUGGAAAAACAAUGCCAUCUAUGUCAACCAAUUCCGCGAGAAUGCCUUACCUAUACCUGGCAAAAUACAAUUUCAUAAAGUCACUUUCAGUGGAAAUUUGAAAACAGAUAUAAUUGAUGAUGUUGACUUGAACAAAGCUAUAUUUUUGAAUAAAUAUCAAACAAUACACGAGACUUUGAAAUUCUCGAAAGUUGUUGUCAAUAACAAUGUGGAAGUUGGACGAUUAGUGAAUGGUAUACAUAUAAAAGCGGAAUAUGAUAAAACAUUGAUGAUUGAAGGUGAUCAAGUUGUUAGUUCAACCUGCAAUUUUCUUGGGGAAUUCAAAGUGCUCAAGAACCUUGAAACAGAGGGCUUAGUCAAUGGUAAGCUCCUCAAAAAUGCGGCAACUCUUGAUGGUAACCACACCUUUCACGAUAAUCUCACUUUCAAAUGUAUCGUUGGCACAAACGAGAUUGACACAAAUGACAGUGUUAUUUCAGGUAUAAAUAUUGAGGAUUGGAAUAGGAGAGCUUUUCUGAAAAAUACUGCUCAGUCUGUGCUUGGCCAAUGGAAUGUGGGUGGGAACGUUAACUUCGAGAAGCCCCUGAAAGGUUCUGGAAUAUUGAAUGGAGUCAAUGUAACGUUGGUAUCGAAUGAAUUGAACAAGUGGCGUAAAGAUCAGACAAAUUUCCAUUCAGAAAUCAGUUCUAAUUUCACAAGCGAAUGCUCAGAUAUUGCAGAACUUGUGAAUAAAUCAAGGCAACAGGUUUUCAAACUACAACACUUCGAAAUCUUACAGAAAAUUUCUCUCGACAACAGUAUAUCGUCAGUUCACCACUUUGCAACUCGUACAGGCCGCUUCUUAGUUGUGAGUUUCUCAUCGAGUUGUCAUAUAUUCGUCUACAAAUGGAACAAAUUCACUGCACGUUUCAAGAAAAGUUAUGAACAACUUUUCAAAGGGCCAGUAAAAGAGUGGAAUAUGCUGAAAUUUUCAGGUAAAACAUUUUUGAUCGCACAAACAGUGAAGGACAAUCCAGAUUCUAAUGUUACUUGCUCUUCAAACGGUGAAGCUUCUCUAUGGGAAUUUGAUGAUUUAUUCGGGCAUCUCAACUUCGCUACAGAAUUGAAAAAUUACGGUGUUAUACUUGGAACGAAUGAGAAAGGAUAUUUGUAUACUUAUAAGGAUGAUUUGGUGUCCAAGUGGGAUUUUGAGUCUGUACUUUCACCACCGAAACUAUUGGAGACCAUAAAGAAAGAAGAAAUUGGUAAUUUAAAUAUUUGAUGCAAUUUAUUUCGAAUUCAUCAACUUUCAAUGAACGUU